AUGUUAACAGUUUCCAGCCUGGUUGGUGUUGUUCUGGGAGUUGCUCUCGGCAUGACUCUGAAGACCUUCAUUGUUCUGACAAGCCUCGAGAAGAUCUACAUUGGCUUUCCAGGAGAAGUACUCAUGCGGAUGCUUCAGUUAGUUACCGUUCCUCUCAUUGCGACAAGUGUCAUAACAGGAGUUGCUAGUCUGAGUGUUGGCACCUCCAGAAGAAUUACUAUGCGUGCAGUGGUGUACUUUGUCACAACCACUCUUCUGUCUGUGACCAUAGGAUUAAUAUUUGUGCUGUUGAUCAAGCCUGGGGUCGGUAAAACUCCUGUGUAUGUGGACACAGAUGAUGAUGAGGAUGAAAGUUUCAACACAGUCAACGCCUUGCUGGAUCUAAUAAGAAACAUGGUGCCACAAAAUCUGAUUCUGGCAAGCUUUCAACAGUACAAGACUCAGAAAGUGGAUUGCUCUCAUCAGACCAUUGUUCUCACCGAAUGGGUCAUCUUGUUUCAGAAAACCACCGAAGUGCGUCUUGUGGGCAAUCAGAUUGAGGGACUGAAUACUUUGGGAGUGAUUGUCUGGUCUUUUAUCUUUGGACUGGCUCUCAGGAAGAUGGGUGAGAGAGGGAAACUCUUUGUGGAUAUUCUGACUGCCAUCAACGAAGCCACCAUACAUGUGGUUAGACUGAUAAUAGGCUUCUUGCCAGUAGGAGUGAUGUUCAUGACUGCCAGUUAUGUUGUUGAGGUUGGAGAUGACUUUGAGACUGUGUUCAAGCUCGGAAAGUUCACAGCGGUGGUUAUCAGUGGACUUUUAGUUCACGGAGGAAUAGUUCUACCACUGAUCUAUUUAGUGUGUGUGAGACGUAACCCCUAUGUUGUCAUUAAGGGGAUUUCCCCCGCCUUAAUCAGGGCCGUACUCAUCUCACGCAGCUACGCGUUCGCGCUGACUUUCCAAUGUUGCGAGGAAGUAAACAAGAUUGAUAAAAGAAUCACUCGCUUCAUGCUGCCCAUUGGGAUCAAUGUUAACAUGGACGGAACAGCCCUUUAUGAGAUGGCUGCUGCAGUUUUCAUCGGCCAGCUCAACCACAUCAAUCUGAGAUGGAGCCAGUUAUUCACCAUUGCUAUGACAGUUGCAGUGUCCAGUGUGGGUGAAGCAGGGAUCCCAGCCACAGGAACAGUGACCACGCUCUUCAUUUUGACCGUCAUCGGAAUACCUGCGAGGGAAGCUUCCCUUUUGCUGGCUAUAGAAUGGCUGCUAGACCGCGGCAACGUUGCCGUCAACGUCCUGGGAGACUGCCUCGGCGUGGCCAUCGUUGAGCAUCUGUCGAGAAAAGAACUGCAAGACAUGGAUGACCGAGGACAGACCUUGACAAGAGACCUGCCACCAUAUCCUGUCACUGACGAAGGGGAGCUCAUGGUCCAGGUGCAGAUUCAUACCCCAGGACAGGCAACAGCUGCAAUACAGCAGCCGAAGCACAAACAUAUGUAG